AUGGUUGAAGAUUCUAGAGUCAGAGAUGCCAUGAGAAAUGGUGAAGAAAAGGCGCUGCCAGCCUCAUUAGUGCCUCAAACGCCAGCUACAUUAACAUCAAAGGAUAAGAUUACGCAAAGAGUCAUUGUUGUUUUGGCCAUGGCUUCCCUGGAGUCACAUAAGAUAUCUUCUUCGCAUGCAGGGGAGGACAAAUACGCUCUUUUGAAUUGUGAUGAUCACCAAGGUAUAUUGAAAAGGAUGGGGAGAGAUAUCAGUGAGGCCAGACCUGACAUUACUCAUCAAUGUCUAUUGACAUUAUUGGACUCCCCCAUCAACAAGGCCGGGAAAUUACAAGUUUACAUCCAAACCAGCCGAGGCAUUCUUAUUGAAGUGAACCCUACUGUACGUAUACCUAGAACGUUUAAGAGAUUUUCCGGGUUGAUGGUUCAGUUGUUACAUAAAUUAUCCAUUAGAUCUGUGAAUUCCGAGGAGAAGUUGUUGAAGGUUAUCAAGAACCCAAUUACUGAUCAUUUACCUACGAAGUGUCGUAAAGUGACCUUAUCAUUCGAUGCUCCAGUGGUCCGAGUACAGGAUUAUAUCGCCAAAUUAGACGAUGACGAGAGUAUUUGUCUAUUUGUGGGUGCUAUGGCAAGAGGUAAAGAUAAUUUUGCUGAUGAAUGGGUCGAUGAGAAAAUUGGGUUAUCCAAUUAUCCAUUAUCUGCAUCGGUGGCAUGUUCGAAGUUCUGUCAUGGUGCGGAAGAUGCCUGGGGUAUUUUGUGA